AUGGAUAGUGAGAAGAGGAAGGAGGAGAGAAGAGGAGAAAUGACGAUACCAAAUCACAAAAUGGAAGAAACUAGAAGAAGGGGAGAAAGGAAACUCCCUAGCCUGGUGGAUUCCAGGGAGUUCCAACAGUUGGAGGGUGGCAGGACUCCCGGAAAAGGAAAUGUAAAGAAUAAAAUAGAGGGUGCUGAAGAAGCGGAAGCGCAAAAAGUAAAUGAGGAGAGGAAAAAGAAGGAGAAAGUAAGGAGAGAAAAUGCGCAGUUACCCAUAACGAGAAGCACAGUGACGAAGGAAAGUACAAAAGUAAAAAAACAUAAAAUAGAGAAUAGAAUCGAAGAGAGUAGAAAUAAGAUAGUAAGAAAAAUUGAAGAAGGUAAGAGAAAGGAAAAAGAGGAGGCAAAAAGAUAUAUUAAAGAAUUUAUUAAUAAAAUAGGGGGAGAUAGAGACGUGCAGCAACACGUGGUCGGGUGGUACGGAAUACCCCACGAACAAGGAGCCACACAAAGGCAACACGAUUUAACAGAGGAGGAAAUACCAGAAGAGGAGGAUACGAACUCGAAGGAUUUCCUCAAUUUCUUCGAAGUUAUUGUAAACUACGAAAAAGCGUCCAAGAGCAAAAAAGUCAAUUACCUAAGGAUCUUCAAGGCGGUACAAACAGGAAUGAAAGUAUUUGAAAGACUGUGCAAUUGUGGAAUAGAAAACAUGGCAGUUAGAAUCCCUAAAAGAGCAACGGAGCGAUGGGGAGUAAUAAGGGAUUGGGAGUAUUCACCCAAAGAGCUCGAAAAAGCUGCUGUACCGGGACAGAGCAUAAAAACAGUAGAAAGAAUGAAGAAAAGGGUCCAGGUGGAAAGAGGCUACGGCUACAUAGAGUCUCCGCUGAUAUUAAUAAAUUUUAACGGUGUCAGCCUGCCAACGAGACUUGUCAUAUAUAACGGGAUCACAAGUUUGGGGAUAACCCCCUACAUAAGGAACAUAAAACAGUGUUUCAACUGUAUACGAUUUGGCCAUUUUAAGAAGUUCUGUAGAAUACAAACGAGGUCAUGUUUCAACUGUGGGCGAGAGGCGCACGGUGAAUGCUCAAGAGAAAAGAAAUGUGUAAAUUGUGGAGAAGGACACAGUGCCCUUAGCAGAGAGUGCAUGAUGUGGCAGUGGGAGCAUACGACAAACAAAUUGACAGCUUACAAGAACCUGUCGUAUACAGAGGCCAGGGAGGCAGCGAGAAAAGAGCUGGGUAUCCAGGAAAGGAGAAGCCAAGGCUACAGACAGAACAAUAAAGACAGUUGUAGGUACAAUGAUAAGGAAUUCCCAAGAAUAGGAGAAAAAUAUAGGCAUAGGAAGGAAGACAUAGAAAAAUGGGAAGACAGAGAAUGUAACAUAAGGACUUCGUACUGGGGAAAAAGGAACGAGGCACCCAAAGGUAGAAACUACAGAAGGAACGAUAGACUAAAUUAA